GAUGACGUAUGUAUAUAGCAAGAGCAGGUAAAAGUUGAAAGAGGGCCACGGAAGAGUAGUGGCGUCUAUUGGACUGUCGUCGCUAUAGUCCAUCAAUUUAAUCAUCUUCUACUUGUUUAAUAAUAAUGAGAACAAUGUCGAGUAAAUGUAACGAAAACAGUGUCAAACUUUCACGAUAAGCAGUACUUGUUUCCAAAAACUCCGGUGAUUCGAGUGUGUCGCCGAGAACGGAUUAAUUAAAAAAUGGACGAUAUAUUUCAGAAUGGAAAUUACCAGAUAGAAUCAAACGCUAACGAUAUGACGGGUUUGGAUUUACAAAAAGAGGAGUCUCUCCUCGAUCACAUGGAAAUCUCCAUCGUUGAGGCUGAAAAAAGGGCCAAUGGAGGUCUCAAUUUGAGAGAAUUCUAUACCGUUUAUCUAAUCGAUACCAAAGUUAUAGAUCCUGAUUUCAAAGAUGCUCUCACCACAGUCAGCUCUCUGUGGCGUCGGUAUACAGAAUUUGAGAUGCUUAGAGCGUAUCUCGAGAUAUCUUAUCCUUAUAUAGUUUUGCCACCCUUGCCAGAGAAAAAAGUACUCUAUGCAUGGCAAAAAAUCACUACUGAUACUUUUGACCCCGAUUUUGUGGAUCGUCGCAGAGCCGGUCUAGAGAACUUUCUCUUGCGCGUUGCCUCUCAUCCGGUUCUUUCUCGAGACAAACAUUUCAUGGGAUUUUUGCAACAGAAAGAUGGAUGGAAAGAAAGCAUUAAAGAAAGUGGUUAUUUACAAAUAGCUGAAUCAAAGUUGAAGGCGCUCAGUGUUGCUGUGAGGUUGAGAAAGCCGGACAAAAACUUUGAGACAAUAAAAAAUUAUGGAGUUGACCUUCAGAACAAUUUGUGCAAUCUUCUACGUGCUCGUGCCAGACUAGUCGAGAAACAAUAUACCCUGUACAAAUUGCACGCUAAUUAUGGACGUGUGUUCAGUGAAUGGAGUGCCAUUGAAAAAGAAUUGGGAGAUGGUUUACAGAAAUCUGGUCAUUAUUUGGAUUCGUUAGCGGCUACUAUAGACACUACACUCGAGGAAGAAGAACUCAUAGCGGAUCAAUUGAAAGAAUGGUUAUUCGGAGCAUCUGCGUUACAAGCUGUAAUUAGACGAAGAGAGGCUUUGCAACUAGCAAAAGACGAGGCUAAUGACAAUCUUAAUUCUGUGUAUGAGCAGAAAAAUAAAGUUAUGCAAGGAAAAUCUGGAAUCAUGUCCCGGCUAUUUGGUUCGGUCGACACCGAAGAAGUUCGAGAAUUAAAAAUAGUACAACUAGAGCAACGUAUAGGACAAAAUGAAGAAAUGGUUAAGCAGGUCGACGAGGAUUUAAAGUCAUUUUCUGCAAAAGCUACCAUGGAUAUUCAGAGAUUUCAACACCAAAAAGUGAUCGAUUUGAAGGAAACUUUAGCGGCGUACUGCGUGCUUCAAUUUAAACUUGCAAGAAAGGGGCUGCAAGCUUGGCAACACAUCAAGCAGUGCUUGGAAGCAAUACCAUAAAAAUAUAUCGAAAGAGUCUUGUCGUGGGAACCAGGACAAUUAAUAUAUUUGGUAAGAAUCCAAAAAAAAGGAAUAUUCGUGUCUCGCAUCAUGCAAUGUACAUUCCUGCAUUUAUAUGCUUAAUUGUCACUGUCAAUGUAUAAAUAUAAUUGUUUUUAUCGGAUAGAUAGAAUCGACUAAAUGGUAUAUAUUGUACGCGUUAACAAAAAUUCUAUCAAAAUAGCACUGUUUAGUAUUUAUAAUGUGUAUUUUAUUGCUACGAAAGGAAAGAAAAAAAAGGAGGAAAAAAAAUGUUCUGUAUAUACGAAUUUGGUGUUGAAUACUUACCUCGAAAAAUUGAUCGAGUACGGUAUAUAAAAACUAUACGAGAUACCUUUUUAGAAAAUGUAAUGAAUGAGGCGAAAAAUCUGCUAACUCAAACUUUUUAAAAAAUUGUACUUUGUGUAUAAUUUUUUACGAAAUUCUUUGUUUUUUCUCUUCUCACUAUUUUCUCUUUCUAUCUCUGAAUGAAUCUCUAUUUGUAUUUAUUGUUAUUUUUCCGAAUACUUAUUUUUACUGAUCAAAUAUUUAUUGAUCGAUAAUCAUUGGAGGAACAGAAUUUCAGCUGUGCCAUUAUUCGGGUGGUCAUUUUUUAAUUGUACGAAUAAUGGACCUAACUAAUAACCGAUCAAGUUUUAUGAAUCAACUCUCGCAUAUCGUAUUAUAUUAUAUUAUAUACACACACAAACACACACGUUGAUUCGUCCCAACAUCUUCGAAGAUAAAAUUCGUCGCGUUAGCGUUUUAUAUAUUUGCAGAGUGACUUCCGGGUGAGGUUGCUACGCUGAUCGCGUUACUCCAAUAUUGUACACUGUUCCUUGUUAGAGAGCGAAUAAAAAAUUGUAACCAAA